UUGAUUGUCUCAAUGAGGCAAGUCUGUUUAACUUCACAGAGACUUAACCCAUAUCUUUUCAUUCAAACAUUUCCAAGUGGCUCUAUCACUCUCUCUCUCUAAAAUGGUUCUCUCUCACUGGCCCUGGUUAAGGAGCCGUGGAUGCAACAGCAAUGAAGACUUCCUCGAGUUUAUAGAUCUACAGAGAGAUUAAUGCUUCUAAUCUCAACGAUUUCUUGUUCAAUCUGGAUCUCGAUUUCGAUUUGUGCACUAGGUAUCCAAUCGCUCGUGAUUUGGAGUUGCUGAGUUCACUUGAGAUACAGAGCUUUCAUGGGCUUGUUAUUCAUCGAGUUUGAUCUAGACUUACUAUGAGUGAACUCAAGAUUCAGAGAUUUUCAUCACGACAAAGUUCUCAUCUCUUCCAUAAACGAUGGCUCGAGCUUGGUUUGGAUGAUUUGGAUCUGAUCUAGGGUUAUGUUUCUCUCAGUUUGGAAAAGUGCGCUAUUGGGUCUAAACAUUGCUAAAAAAGGCAGAAGAUUACCAUGCCGAGUGUCCCUUGUUUGGUGGCGCAAUAGCCAGCACAUUCCCUUUUCGAUUUCAGGAUGUGUGCAACAUUCGACAAGUCCCUGAUCAUCAGGAGGUUUUUGCGGACCCUGUGCGUGAUGAGAGUUUGAUAUUUGAACUUUUAGAUCUGAAACUUGAAGUUGCCGACAAUAGAAGUGCCACCUGGUUUCUUCAAGACCUUGCCAGAGAGCAAGAUGCUGAGGGAGUCAUGGUAACUUGAGUAAUGGUGGACAAAUAUAUCCUUGGUAUUGGCAUAUUGUAUGGGCUAUUGGAAAAACAGUUAGAAAUAUUAUUUGUAACUUUAACACUUGGUCAUGCAUAAUAGAGCCUAGUGGCUAAUUUAUUUUUUCCCUUUCUGUUUGUUGGCAUUUGGAGGUGUGGUGGUAGAGUGACCAUUUAAAGAUUUUGUACAAAGAGUGAGUGGUAUGAGAUAGGAGACAUAUAGAGUAGGAGGGAGGAAGAUGAAGUUGGGAGACUGUCAUGUUACAUAAAUAGAAACAGAAUGGUAAAAUUGCCCUUUCUCACUUUUCUGAGUCUAGAGAAAUUCUAUGAAUCUCUGUGUUUUGUUUUUAGAUGCUGAACCAUUUAUUGGUUUGUCAAUUUCAUCUUGUACCCUAUGAUGUUUACCAAUCCAUGGCUGUAAGUUUGGUACUGGCAAAUUUGGCUAAUUUAUAUGAUGACACAAUUGUUUGCACUGUUAUUCAUAUAAGCUUUGUUUAUGUUGCUGAAGAAAUUAUUUAUAAUUGGUAUUUCUAAUAUGUUCUAGAGUUUCUUGGCCUCUUGGACCUCUUCCUAGCUUUAUGUUGUGAUUCUUUUGGUUGGAUUUUGAGAGAGAGUGGGUCAAGUGAUACCCUUGAAAUGUUUCGGGAUGACUUUUAUAUUGAAACUGGCAGAGAAAUGGCUGGAGAAGAAGAAUUUUCGGAAGUGAAAGUAGAUUUUCAGGAGACAUUUUUAUGCCACACAAGUCCAAUCAGUCGGUGCCGCUUUUCUGCAUCAGGAAACAAUAUUGCCAGUGCUUCUGUGGAUGGUACUGUCAGGAUAUGGACAUAUGACCCAUCAACUCCAGCAUCAAGAAAUGCGACCAUCUACUGUGGAGCAGAGAUCAUGUCACUUGAGUGGGAUUGUAAAUCAGACCGUUUGCUUCUCAUAGGCACUGUUGAUGGAGGCAUUAAAGCAUGGAAUGUUGAUGCAAAGAGAGUUGUUUGCGUUCUCAGCACAACUGAAGCAUUUCCAAGUGUCUUGGAUCUAAAAUGCAGCCCUGUGGAACCAAUUUUUGUUUCUGCAGCAGCAUCCAGAGGGUAUAUAAUCGUCAUUUUGGUGAAGAUGAUUGAUGACUUGAUGAAGCUGAAGAGAGCUGUGGAUGAAGUUAUUUUCAGAGAAUUUGGAGAGCGCACUGAAUAUUAUUAUUUUUAUGAUUUUGUAUUGUCAUAUUGUAUUUAAAGGGGUUGUAUUUAUUUAUUUAUUUAUUUUAUGGAAAAUUGAAAAAUGAAUGCUCAUUCACAUUAUGGUAUAUAUUUUGAGAAUGGUGAUGGAUUA